GGACAGCAGUUCCGCAUUCCUGAGCCCUCACAGACAAGACCAGUACUUAAACGGGCUGAUGCAACGGCUUCACUUAGUCCCAAAACCUACAUCCGACUCCUCACUCCCGCACCGUCACCUCUAUUACUGCGGAUUUUUGGACGCACAACAGCGUCCAAACACAGUUGCAUCAUUGACAGAAGACGACUGACAAGUUUCCUCUGACGGCGGUGGUGGCCGUGUCGGACAUGAUGCCGGGACAGAUACCUGACCCUUCGCUGGCGGCAGGCUCCCUGCCCUGCCUGGGCCCGCUGGCGGGCAUCUCGGCCACCACACUCACUGACCAGCUCAAGCUGGCCGACUUCCGCCAGCUGGGUACUAUGCUGUCCCCGCUGCAUUUCCUGGGGAGGCUGGGGAAGAGGCCGCUGGCCAUCAAGACAGAGAUGGAUGAAGACGAGGAAAGGAGGAAACGGAGACGAGAGAAAAACAAGGUAGCAGCAGCCAGAUGCCGAAACAAAAAGAAGGAACGGACUGACUUCCUUCAAAGGGAAUCGGAGCGUCUGGAGAUGGUGAACUCGGACCUGAAGGCCCAGAUCGAGGAGCUCCGUCUGGAGAGGCAGCAGCUAAUGGUGAUGCUCAAUCUCCACCGGCCCACCUGCAUCGUGAGGACCGACAGCGUCAAAACACCCGAGAGCGAGGCCAACCCCCUGCUGGAGCAGCUGUCCACCGACGCCAAAUGAAAACCAGGAAACCAGGGACGUGGAGUCCCUGACGCCCAAACUAGCACCACCAUGGCAGCCAUUUAAGUGAAAACACAACUGCCAAUACAUUUCUAAACAAGCACUUGAGCUCCACGCUGAAGACUUUAUGGAGACUCUGCCCAAAGACCUGAGGUUGUAGGGCUUCCUUAGUACUGCUACAUGAGCUGGCUCUGUCCAUUGGAAGACUGGAAAUACCCAGUUUCAUCUCCGCAUUAAGUGUUGUUGUUGACACCCGCUGUGCCUAGUUGUUACUUCAACCAUCUCUACAUAAAGGGACCAAUGGAAACAGUAGAGUACGACUGGAAACAACGCUGAGGAAACACACUAAUAUCAAUAUGGUGCUCUGUUACAAAAGCCCUGAGUAGAUUGUGUGGCAUUGUUUCGAUGCAGACGCCCACAAAGGCUUAGUGUUCUGCAGUUUUCCUUUGUAUGCUAGCUGAAAUAUACAGGUGUAGAGUUUUUAGAAUACAAUACUCAAUACAAGUACACCAGACAGAGUAGAGGUUUUUUUGUUUUUGUUUUUGUAAUGUUGAUUUCUAUAGCCUGCCUCGACGAUGGCAGAUACCGGUUGAUCCGAUUUGUGGUGACGCUGGCGUCAUGAAGAGCACAUAUACACAAAAUGUUUACACCCUCGUUUUUUGGACUUGUCUGUCCAUUAUUGUACUUGUUUUAUACUGCUUUGUAUACAUAAACAUAUAUGAAAUGCUUGUCAA